AUGCUCAGAGGCAUCAUCGCACUCAGCGUCCUCGCCGGCCUGGUGACGCUGGGCGCCGGACAUGGGCGCAUGAUUGAGCCGCCGAGUCGAGCGUCCGCCUGGCGAUACGGAUUCAACACGCCGCCCAAUUACAACGACCACGAACUCUUCUGCGGCGGCUUCUCGCGCCAGUGGCAGCGCAACGACGGCAAGUGCGGCGUCUGCGGCGAUGCCUACGAUCUGCCAGAGCCGCGCGACAACGAGCUGGGCGGAAAGUACGGCCAGGGCGUCAUCGUGAGACGCUACAAUCCCGGCUCGGAUUUCCUCAUUCGCAUCGAACUCACCGCCAGUCACUGGGGCUUCUUCGAGUUCAGACUGUGUCCCGAUGCGGCCGGCAAGCAAGACUGCCUGGACGAGAACGUCCUGGAGAUUCUCAGCGGUUCGCCAGCUGUGCUGAACAUCGACGAUCCCGCCACGCGCUUCUAUCCCAGGAAUGGAAGCAGAGUCUAUGAGAUCCGCGCUAGACUGCCAGAAGACUUGAAGUGCGAGAGCUGCCUUCUUCAGUGGAUUUACGUGGCGGGAAACAACUGGGGCAUGUGCGAGAACGGCACGGGCACCGUGGGCUGUGGCCCGCAGGAGCAGUUCCGGGCGUGCGCGGACAUCAGCAUCGGCUACGGAGCGCCGCCGCCGUCGCUGCGCCCCAUCCGACCGGGCACGAAGACGACGCCCAAGACCAAGAUCUCAGAGGCCACGCGCCUCCCGCCGUCAGGAGCUGCCGACGAGCCACUGCCCGAGGGCCCCAAGUACAUUGGCGCCCUCAUUGCCAUCGUGUCGCUCCUGCUGGUGCUGUGCUGCCUGGCGGUGGUGUAUCUGUACCACUAUCACGGCCAGAGGAUCAAGCACCUCAUGCGGUGGCAGCGCACGAAGGCGCCUGCUGCACCGUCUCACCUCACCUCCGUGGAGUCCGUGCCAGUGCCGCCGCCCAGGACGAAGCGACAGAGCCAGAGCGGCGCCGAGAUCGACGCGCGCGAAUCGAGCAUCCUCACGGGGAGCAACUCCCCGCCGCCGGGGCCGCGCAGCGGGGGCACGAGGCUGCUCAAAGUGUCCCCCGAGUGUGCCUAAGACAUUCCAAUUCCUCCCAGCAAGAAGACUCAACAGCCACUUGUCCAGCGAGUGCGCUUGUGUAAUAACUAAGUGAACGACAAAUAUCAUUUUAAUUACUUCCACAAAUAUUAAUUACAAUGGAAUUUGUAGGUGGCGAAACUUCCCUCCAUUUCUCUUCCACGAUAGAAAGAGAGAGAGAAAAAUGAGAUUUUCCCUUAACAAAUUG